CUCCUCCCAAAUUGCCUGGCUUUUGAAGUUCAAAUUGAGUGAGCCCUGCAUUAGCCAUGAAGCCCUUCGUAGUCCUAUCAGUCGCGGCCAUUGCUAGCUCUGCAGCCGUUCCGAAUCUUGUCUCUCGCCAACUUGGAAACUUUCUAUCCCUGUUCGGCGUCGGUGGUGCCGUCCAAGCCCCGAUCCUAAACCAGGAGCUGAAGCCACAACACGACCCGGCAGCGAAGCGUGAACUCAAAGUAUGGGGACCGUUCAAACUCCAGCCCGCCAACAGCACGCACGGAAAACCGAAUGGGCUGAAGCUCGAUCCAAGCAGUGAUGUUGUCAGCGCGGCACUGAGCGGUAUCUGCAAUGGGUGUAUGGUACUGGAAGCCCAGGGGCAAAUGUCGUUUGCGAAUGGCUCCCGCCAGGAUAUUCAAUUCGGAGUGUAUACGCAUCACAUCCUUUUUGCUGAUAUCGGGCGUCCGGCAGUCAGUCUACCCCUCGGAGCUGUCUGCCCCGACGGUAUUAAGAAUGCAGGUGGCUUCGCAGGCCAAGGUGCAGCCCUCGCAGGCAGUGGUCCACCGCCAGGAGUGACUGCAAGUGGCCCACCAGGGCAGAGCGAAGGUCACUCUCAUGGACGCAAGCGCCAGGCGCCACCGGGUUCUAAAAUCCCUCCAAUAUCCAUCUUAGUCGGGAAUGGAGAAGAUGCAUCUCCACUGGUGUUUGCGUCGAAGGACCCAUCAGUCAAGAGCGGGUUCUACAUCGGCGAGGAGGACAAGUUCGGCCUCAUGGCAGAAGUGAUAAAUUAUGACAACCACGAUAAGGAUGUCUGGUUCUCAGUCGAUAUCGAAUACAUCGAGGGGCCUCGUGAGCCGGACUAUUUGGACGUCGGUGGUGGAGCUUUGAAUAUCGAUGGCUGCAGUCGUGGACUGGCAUUCCAUCCACCAGCUGAUAAAGCGGUCUCCUAUACUUCGAAUGACUUUAUCGUCGGCGCAGACGGAUACCUUCUAAAUUUUACCCCUCACCUCCACGAUGGGGGUAUAAAUAUCGAAGUGUUCCGUAAUAAAACACUGGUAUGCCACUCAGACGCCGUCUACGGUGACGGCGAAGGUACGACUGCGAUCGGCGGGGAAGCAUGGGAGACCAUCACAGCAUAUACACCUUGUGAGAAGGCCGUAAAGGUGUCAAAGGGGGACAUCCUCAGUAUGUCUGCGGAAUAUGACCUAACGAAGCACCGACUGCGGCCCGAUUCCAAUAACCAUGAAAUGGGAGCCGAAGCGAUGGCGCUUGCAACAUACGUGUACGCACGAGAGCCUGUUGCACCGGCACCGGCACCGGCAGUGGAGGAAUAG